UGCAGUAGAGAAAAAAAAAGUUAUAAAAUCAGUUCCUACGACAACAGUUCAUUCGCCUCAAUUGUAUAAUAAGUCUAAAUAACAACUUGUAUUAGUUUUUCUACUUUUAUUUUUUGUAAAAAUAAAAUGACUUGACAAAUCAGCUUAUAAAUAUUGUUGAGUCUGUCUGCUCUUUCAGACUUCAGUUCUUUUGUCAGUAGGUGCCGUCACUUGCACGCGCUACUACCUGAUUCGCAAUAAUUCUUUAAAAAUCACAUGACUGAAAUGCCCUCGGUGUGAAUAGAAACUGACGUGUAAAAUGACCACGUGCUGUGUAAUAAAAGUUUGAAGAUUUCCCACGUGCACUAAGAGUGAAAAUGACUAACGCAUUUUAGCCAAAACAACAAAGAAAUAUCCAUUCUAUCAAGGUGGUGCAAGAGUUUAUUGUUAAUUCUAAUGUUUCAUUACUUAGGACAGUUUACAGGCUUGUAAAAUUUUACAGCUUAUGCCUAGGACAUCAGAUUACAGCUAAUAACAAAGUAAAACAUGAAAAAUCGAAUUCAAAACUUUAUAUUUAACAUACGAAAAAAUAAAUAAAAAACCAACUGCAAGUAAGUAAUGCUGUAACUUAAAACCGUCCACAUGUACCAGAAGGUACUAAGCCUAACAUAGCAUGUACGUGUGCUUCUCGUUGUGUUAAGCCUUAAUUAUCUAGUGCCCUUUAUAGUUACUUUAUGUUAACAAUUUUCAAAAUUAGUGCAAUAUAUAUUAGAAAAAAACAAAAGUGUAAACUUGUGCUACCUGCUCCUCGUGCUACGUACUUGCGAAGUCGCUCACUGAGCCGACACCAGUGGUCGCUUGGAGUCAGUCUACGUACUUGUGAUCGUACAGAUGGAACAAAUGGAGAGUCAUUAUAUCGAGAACGUACAGUCGAGCUAGUGCUUUCAGAAAUGGAAAGAAAUGAGUUUAUAUAUGCUCAGAUUUUCCUCGAAAGACGAUUUCAUUGUCCGAGAUGUUGACCAGACAUUAUUAUGACCAAGUGGAAUGGCCGUCACAACAGGGCAUUCAACGUCGGGAAUUCAAAUACCCGCCGUCUAGACAGCAUCAACCCUUUGAACCCAGACAACGCUUCAGUUGGUAGUACGGUCAGUGUGGUAACACACUCCCGACAAUACAGUUGCAGGAAGGUUACCUGAAAAGCGCUUCUGUUCACAGUAAAGUCGAGACAGAACACCAUAAAAAAAAAGAAAGAAAACUUAUACCAACUGUUGGUUCUAAGUUUGUGCGUCAAUAUGUUUGUGAAGUAGGUUUGAUAGAUGGUGUUGACGAAAUUCAUGGUUUUGGAACAAGCUAGCCGUUCUCUUAUCGGACGUAGGCCUAAUGGCUGGCACCGCUAACAGAUUUUAGGCUAACCGUUAUGUAUUACAAGUAGACUGAAAAGUCGUAUAAGAACAUUUGGCAAACACUACGUCACACAGAUAAAAGAAAAGAACCAAACAACACAUGUACCCCUCCACGGCGUGCCACAAGUUGCCACUCUGUAGUAGUCCAUCAAUGGAACAAGUUCGUGACUACCUUAACCACUGUCCUGUGCCUGUCACUUCUGAUGCCACACCCACAUCAGUGCCUGGUCAAGGUUCGGGUUCCGGAUCAUCUGGACUUCCUCUUUCAGCCUUAAGUCCAGUGGGAUUUAUGGGAAACCGAAUUCUUUCCCGAAAUGUUAAUGGGACAAUCGCCAUGACGUCUCAGCCCUCUAACGAGUCAGAGCUACAAUUGUAUAGAGUCUUACAACGAGCCAACUUACUGUCAUAUUACGAUACCUUUAUUUGCCAAGGUGGAGACGAUGUUCAACAGCUCUGUGAAGCUGGAGAAGAUGAGUUUCUGGAGAUUAUGGCCCUGGUUGGGAUGGCUAGCAAGCCUCUUCACGUCCGGCGUCUCCAGAAAGCACUACAAGAGUGGGUAAACAAUCCUGCCAUGUUUCAAGCAUCGUUGCUUAUUCUCAUAUAUUUCAAUUGUAUAUUUUCAGCCAUGUUUCAAGCAUCGUUGCUUAUUCUCAUAUAUUUCAAUU